ACAACGACGACUCCGCCAUCAUCAUGGAAAUUGACGGCCCCUCAUCGUCUCCCCCCGCCCGUCACACGUCUCUACCGCCGAGCAGUGCACCUCAGGCGUCGCCGAAUGGCCACGCGACACCACGCCGUUCGCGGCCCGUUGCCGACGCGCUGGCCUUCGGCGACGAGGAUGGGGAUGACAUCCCGCAAGAUGAGACUGCACCCCGCAGAACAAGAGCACCAGGAGGUCGACAGACUCUCACCCAGGACAUACCUCUUGUCAAGGACGCAGUGGGCGAAAGUGUACGGGAGAGCUUCGAGAACUUCUUAAAAACGUUUACCGAAGAUGUUGCUCUUCCCAUGACACCCGCCUCGGAUGGUGGUGUUCCGGUCGCUCCUGAAGGAGAGAUCAUCUACAUCGAGCAGAUCCACACAAUGCGGGAAUACGAGCUGACUACCCUUUACGUCGACUACGGCCAUCUCCUACAACGCGACGAUGUCCUCGCUGACGCGAUACAAAAGCAAUACUAUCGCUUCCUACCAUAUAUCCGACGCGCUUUGCACAAUCUCGUGGCGGAAUUCGAGCCUGACUACCUGAAAUUAAACCCAACCGCCGCUGCGACCGACUCCGUCAACCUUCAGACCCGAGAAUUUAGCAUUGCCUUUUAUCAUCUGCCAUUGGUCUCCGGUAUACGAGAUCUCCGAACCGAUAAGAUUGGCACGCUGAUGAGCAUCAGUGGAACUGUCACGAGGACGAGCGAAGUACGACCGGAGCUAUUGUACGGAAGCUUUGUCUGUGAAGUCUGCGGUGGUAUUGUCAGUGAAAUAGAGCAGCAGUUCAAAUACACCGAGCCGAGCCUGUGCCCAAACCCGACAUGCGGUAACAGAACAGCCUGGCAACUCCAGAUCGACAGCUCGAAGUUUACCGACUGGCAGAAGGUUCGCAUACAAGAGAAUCCCUCUGAGAUUCCCACAGGUUCCAUGCCACGUUCAUUGGACGUUAUUCUUCGCGGGGAGCUCGUGGAACGAGCCAAAGCCGGAGACAAGUGCGUCUUCACUGGGACAUUCAUUGUUGUUCCGGAUGUCAGCCAGCUCGGAUUGCCUGGUGGGAACAAGGCUGAGCUCAUGCGCGAAGCAGCGAGAGCUGGUGCGAAUUCGGCCGCUGCUUCUGCCGGUGGUGCAGGCGUGACGGGUCUGAAGAGUCUUGGAGUACGUGAUAUGCAGUACAAGACUGCUUUCUUGGCUUGUAUGGCCCACGAUGCCGAUGGACGGGCUGGUACUAACAUCCGCGGCGAGGAAGAAGAUGGCGAAGAUGACGGUCAAGCCUUCGCACGUUCGUUGACCGAACCGGAGUUCGAAGAGCUGAAGGCGAUGAUCGAAUCUGACCACAUUUAUUCCCGGUUGGUGGAGAGUAUUGCGCCUACUGUCUACGGCCACGAGAUUGUCAAGAAGGGCCUUCUGUUGCAGCUGAUGGGCGGCGUCCACAAACAGACUGCAGAAGGCAUGCAUCUUCGUGGCGACAUUAACAUCUGUAUCGUCGGCGAUCCUUCAACGUCAAAAUCACAAUUCUUGAAGUACAUCUGUUCUUUCCUUCCCCGUGCGGUCUACACCUCCGGCAAGGCCUCGUCGGCGGCCGGUCUUACAGCUGCUGUUGUGAAAGACGAAGAGACUGGCGAGUUCACAAUCGAGGCCGGGGCACUUAUGCUCGCGGAUAACGGCGUCUGUGCUAUUGACGAGUUCGACAAGAUGGACAUUUCUGACCAGGUCGCGAUCCACGAGGCCAUGGAGCAGCAGACCAUUUCCAUUGCUAAGGCCGGUAUCCAUGCGACACUCAACGCGCGGACGAGUAUCCUUGCAGCGGCAAACCCAAUUGGCGGCCGAUAUGAUCGUAAAAAGAGCCUUCGCGCCAACGUCGCGAUGACGGCGCCGAUCAUGAGUCGUUUCGACCUCUUCUUCGUCGUUUUGGACGAGUGCGACGAAAAAAUCGACCUGAACAUCGCGAAGCACAUUGUGAACGUACAUCGCUUCCAGGACGAUGCCAUCCACCCUGAGUUUAGCACUGAAGCAUUGCAGCGGUACAUUCGCUACGCGCGCACAUUCAACCCGAAGCUCACACCGGAGGCGGCAGACGUGCUCGUGGAGAAAUACCGUAGUUUGCGACAGGAUGACGCGUCUGGUACAGGGCGAAACUCUUAUCGCAUCACUGUGCGCCAGCUGGAGAGUAUGAUUCGUCUGAGCGAGGCUAUCGCUCGUGCAAACUGCACUUCAGAGAUUACCCCAGCCUUCGUACGUGAAGCCUACUCCUUACUCCGCCAGUCCAUCAUCCAUGUCGAGGAAGACGACGUCGAUUUCGACCAAGAAGAGGAGGAGCUUCAGAAACAGGCGGCAGAGAAAGCAGAGAAAGAGGCGCGUAAGCGUGGGAAGAAGGGCGCCUCCUCGUCGCAGGCCGCGACUGCGGGCGAGGAAAGCCAGGAUGUCGAGAUGUCUGGCGCGCAAAGCGAAUCACAGACGGCGGCGCAGGAUGACUCAAUAGCCACAGACGAUACCCGGGACGCACCGUCGACUUCACAAACGGCCGCGGACGCACCCGUGCCCGCGGAAGCCCAAGUGCCACAGCCAGAGAAACAUCGGAUGGUCAUCUCUCACGACAAGUACAUGCAGCUGCAGAGUCUCAUUGUACUGCACCUCGCCGAGGUCGAGCGCGAGACCGGAAAGGGUCUCGACCACGAUGAUCUAGUGGAUUGGUACCUCGAGUCGCGCGAAGCCGAGAUACAGAAUGUGGACCAGCUCGAGUACGAGAAGGAACUGGUCACAAAAGUCAUACGGAAGCUUAAGAGGGAUCACUACCUCUUGGAGAUCAUUGGCGACGUCCAGGACUCGCUGCCGUCCCUCGACGAGAUUAAUCAGGUAGAGAGCGAAGGGCUCGCCAGGAGGCAUUAUAUGGUCCAUCCGUCGGUCGACAUCGAUAUGACGCCGUCGUCAACAUAAGCCGCUGCUCCCACUUAGUUUGCCGCCAUGGGGAUUGGCAAGCUGCAUUUGUCUCAAUAUUGGGCCAAUGGUUUUGAGGCUGCUCAUCUUGCAUGCUGUUGUGUUUGUCUCAUUUGUUCAUUUCUUCCAAGCUCGGUAAGCGAAGAGAUUUGCUGGAGGACUGAUCACGCUUCGCGCUGGCUUUGGGUAUGUGGCACUGAAGUGCGGGCUCGACGGACACUUUCCAUUGUUGCAUCCCAGUGAGAUACAAGUUCUGACAUGCUCCCAGCAUUUUCCAGCUGGCGAGGAGAUUCUCUAUUCGGAAUGUUUAUGGUCUGCCAAUAUUUCAAUAUUUGAGCUGAGAUUUGA